AUGAUCUUCCUUUUCCAAUCACCUCCUCGGCCUCACAAUGGGGAUAAGAAAACUCUAUUAGAGAAGGUUAUGCAAGUCGAUCCCAUUGGUACACUCGCUCUGAUGCCUGCCGUCAUCUGCCUGCUUCUCGCGCUGCAGUGGGGCGGGACUGUCUACCCAUGGAGCAACCCCAGAGUCAUUGUCCUUUUCGUUCUAUUUGGCGUGCUGUCAAUUGCAUUUGUUUUCAUUCAGACCAAGAAUGGUAAAAAUGCCACACUUCCCAUCAAAGUUAUCUCUCAGCGUAGUGUGGCCGCAGCUUGUUGGUUCUCGGUCUGCACUGCCGGGGCCGACUUCACGCUGAGGCAGUACAUUCCGAUCUGGUUCCAAGCCAUCAAGGGUGUUUCUGCCGUAGACUCGGGUCUCAUGAACUUGGCCCUGAUUCUUUCCACAGCUCUAGCGUCGAUUGUUAGCGGAGUGGGCAUCACACAGAUGGGGUACUACAACCCUUUCAUGAUUGCUUCGACCCUUUUCAUGUCAGUUGGAUCCGGUCUUCUCACUACGUGGAAAGCAGACAUUCCAACUCGGGACUGGAUUGGGUAUCAAAUUCUCUAUGGUCUUGGAUCCGGCCAGAGCAUGCAGACUCCUCUGAUGGUAGUUCAAACCGUCUUGCCAAUGGAGGAGAUACCGCUUGGAACUGCUCUCGUCAUGUUCUUGCAGACUUUUGGCGGCGCCAUUUUCAUCUCCGUCGCCCAAAACGUCUUUACCAACGAGCUUCGGGCUGGCUUGGCGAAUGAGCUACCGAACAUCAACGUUACUGCUAUUGUCGACGGUGGGGCAAACAGCAUCAGACAACCGGGAGUGCUGCCACCAAAUACUCUUGAUUCCGUCCUGCGCAUCUAUAGCAAGUCUCUUACCAAUUCGUGGUAUGUUGCUGUUGGGCUAGCGUGUGCAAGUAUCGCAGGAAGCGCCCUGGUGCAGUGGAAGACUGUGAAGCAGCCAAGCCCUCCACUUGCCGGGGAUGAAAAUGGGGACAAAUCCUCCAAAAGCGAGGUGACUGAUAACAUGGAGAUGAAGCACCAAGAUCUCAGCCCGACCGAGUCUGAGAGAAACGACGUUUUCAAUAAGCGUAACGACACCAUCUGA